AUGGAGGAGCUCCAGCGGGAUAGCUUGCUAGGCCUUGACCAGCCCUCCAACUUCGCCCGGCUCCUGCAAGAUGGCCCCGAGGUGAGUGCCCUGCGGCUGCUUGGCCUGCCGCACAGCCACGACUUCUCGGAGGGCCCGCCGCCUCCAGAGCUCAUCGGCCAGAUGCGGCGACUGCGGUGCCCGGUGCUUCUGUGCCUGGCGUCGCUGCUGGUCAGUCUCUUCACCCAGGCCUGGUGUGCAGUGGACGGCUGGAACGUGUACGGCGCAGGUCUCGACGUGCCCUUGCACUGCAAGCCGCUGAAGUACUGGCUGAGCGCCUACCUUGCCUCCACGCUGCUGCCGCUGACCACGUCGGUGGCGCUGGCGCUGCCGCUGGGGGUGGUGGCCAUGGCCACGGGGAUCCUGGUGCGUGCGAUGACGCCAGGCAGCUGUGAGCAGGAGGCGCCCACUUUGUGGCAGUUCAUCAAUGAGGUGAGCCUCAAAGGCCUCUUCUGUGUCGUGGGACUCACGGUCAUCCUGGGCGUGACCGCCACCACCAUCUUCCCAACCCUGCGGAGCAUCGAGGACCGCUGGGGCGUCGCCGGCACCGCCGUGACGGAGGUGAUUGAGGCGAUCCAAUCCAGUGCAGCCGUCGAGGUGCCCGCAGAUACCGAAUGUCCAAUCUGCCUGGGAUGCGAGGAUUCCCUCCUGGGCAGUUGGAGAGAGCUUCCCUGCUCGCACCGGUUUCACGAGGAGAGUGCCUCCUGGAGUGGAUCGGGCGAAAGCCCCGGUGCCCAUUGUGCCGCUUAG